AUGGUUAAUGAACUUAAAGUGCUGCUGAUGAUAAGGAUCUUCAUAUUCCCCAAGGUCCUGUUCCUCUCCGAGUGUCAUACCAAGAUCUCUCUGAUCAAGGGGAAGACUGCCAGAGAGACCCUGAUGGAGAAAGGUUUAUGGGAGGAGACAAGGCUGAAGUUCCCCUACAACCCUAUGGCCAAAUUCUACCAGACUGGUGGAAAUGAGGCUAUGACCAACGACGCUGAUUUGUCCUACUAUGGUGUGAUCUCCAUUGGAACCCCUCCCCAGUCCUUCAAGGUCAUCUUUGACACUGGCUCCUCCAACCUGUGGGUUCCCUCUGUCUACUGCUCCAGUCAGGCUUGCCAGAACCAUGACAAAUUCAACCCUGGACUCUCCAGUACUUUCACGUGGUCCAGCAAGACUGUUUCCAUUCAGUACGGAACUGGCAGCAUGACUGGACAGCUGGCAUACGACACUGUUUCGGUGGGAGGUAUCUCUGUCACCCAGCAGAUUUUUGGUGCCAGUCAGACCGAGGCUCCUUUUAUGGCGAACAUGGUUGCUGACGGUAUCCUGGGCCUGGCUUUCCCCAACCUGGCAGCCUCUGGAGCCACACCUGUCUUUGACAACAUGAUGACCCAGGGCCUGGUGUCCCAGUCCCUCUUCUCUGUCUACCUGAGCGGAAACUCAGCAGAGGGUAGCGUGGUGUCCUUCGGUGUCAUCGAGCCUACCUACUACACCGGGCAGAUCACAUGGAUCCCUCUGUCCUUGGUGACCUACUGGCAGAUCACCAUGGACAGUGUUACCAUCAACGGCAACACAGUGGCUUGCAAUGGUGGCUGUCAGGCUAUCAUAGAUACUGGCACCUCCAUGAUCGUCGGGCCAACCAAUGACAUCAAAAACAUUAACUACUUGGUCGGAGCCACCAUCAACCAGUACGGAUAUACCACUGUGAACUGCAACAUCAUCCCCAACAUGCCCGAGGUGACCUUCAACCUCAACGGGCACGCCUUCACCAUCCCUGCCUCUGCCUUCACCAUCCAGGACCCCUACGGCUGCAGGACUGGUUUUAGUAACGGUGGCUAUCAGCAGCUCUGGAUCCUUGGAGAUGUCUUCAUCAGGCAGUACUAUGCAAUCUUCGACAGGCAGAACAACAGGGUUGGUCUGGCCAAAGCUGUGUAAGAGAUCCACUAGAUCUACAGAGCUCCACUGAUCCCAAA